ACUGCCACGACCCAGGAGUCUCGCCUCCAAGACCAGCCCCGACUCCUCCACGACACCCCAAGAGCAGUCUCAAUGGAAUAAGCUUUGCUUCUGUCCAUCCAAAUGGGCAGCGGGGAAAUUACUCUACCUCGAAUUUGGAUAGGUCUGGGAGUUCUCGUGAGAGUAUAGAGAAUCGAAUGAUGGUUUCUGGGCAAAUAGGAUCAAGAAAUGCCGAAACUAUUCCAAUUUAUCAGUAUAAGUCACUAGAGCCUUUCCCCAUUAAUGGGCUGAGGAACGUUCGAUCGGGGGAGUUGAGGAGAGUUCUUGGAAUUUCUGUUGAGAACUAUCCAUUUGGAUCCUUGCAAUCAAAGCCCCUACCCCCUGUAUCCUGGGAUGAGCUUAAACGAUUCAGAAGAUGCAUCGACGAGAAUCAUUCGAGGGCAGAAGAGAGGUCAGAAUUACUGCAAAAUUCUAUAGUGAAACUGGAUAAGGUUCACAACAUUGUCAUGAAGAAGAGACAACGGACUGAUAUGCAAUCAAACGAGAAGUCGAGUAAUUCGAGUCUAUUGAAGGUUAUUCAUGGCAAGAAAGAGGUUUUAUAUCGUGAAGAGAGGUUGAAGAUGUGGCAUAUUUGAUAAUUGGGAGGAAUGUAUAUCUCAAGUUGAUAAAUUUCCAAAUGCUUCCUACAAAGGGUAUGCAACGUACGAAGAAGCUUUGAUUGAAUGGGAGAAGCACAUCAUCUAUCGUGAUUUAGCGUCAAGCUCAAUGUCUGUCCAGACACCAGUUCAACGUCCAACUGAUAUUACCCUCAUCUAUGCUUUUGCGUUAGGUUUAGUGUUUACAAUAUUACUGUUUAUAGCAUGUAUCGUUGUAAUAUUUGUUGGCUUCUUCGUUGUAAAAAACAUGUGAUAUGAUUUGUAAGUUAUGUGUUGAAUGUU